UUCGCGCUUGGCUCUCGAACAGUUCGCACGUAUCCACGGGCGACAUUCGAAUUUCAAUCGACAUUGUUUUUAUCUGUGUUUGUGUUUUAUCAACUGUGAUAAGCAACCAUGUGUGAGAAACGCAUCAGAAAGUUUAAAAAAGGAUCCAACAUAACCCGUCUACGUGAGGCUCGGCGUCUGCAACGCCUCCAAUGGCUGGCCACUCCGAUCAUACACGAGGAGGCAUCUCCACCCCUUGUCACCCAGACGACGCCAGAGAAGGUCGCACAGAACCGCCUGAUCAUAGACCUGGCAUGGAAGACUCUCGCUUUGAUGCACAAGAACCGCCUCAUUCAAGAGAAAAUCGUCGCUCUGCAGCGCGAGACAUCUCAAUUUGUAUCUGCUAUCAUGAGCAACCCUGAAAAUAAGAAACGUUACUUAGAAUAUGUACGCCUGUACAACGCAGGACUCCUGCCUGACCUGAAGAAGGAGCUUGAGGCCAAAACCCGCGUGAAAACAGAACCGGAAUAAAUCCUACGAAAAAAUUACGUGAUUGGCGAAUGGGUGUUUUCAGCGUUUAUUUGCAUGUGAUAUUAUUUUACCUUCCUAAUGGAUCGCACUGUUUGAAGUAUUGAUUGAAUGUUUAAUUUAUAAUUACUACUAGUUACUUAUUUAGAAAUUAUGAAGGUAACGUGUUACAAUCUCUGAAUCUGAAAUGUUAAUUUAUUAUAGUACUUAUUAACACAUACUUACAUAGUACUAAGUAUGUCAUGUGUACGACUUACAAGUAGAUAUUUUGUAGUUUUCCAUAACCAGCAAUAAUGUUUAAAUACAGUGUCUUAUUCAAAGAAGUUGUGGCUACUUUAAGAAUCUUUCUUGUUAUGAAUUAUAAUGAGGUUGUAAUGUAAGAGGCUGUUAGUGUUUAUAUAUCUUCGUACCCUUAAUUAUAUAAUUAUUAAACAUUUUUCUUAAAUAUUCUUAGCUAUUAUAUAAUUAGAUGGAUAAAUUUAUAAAAUUCUAUCAACAUCUAAAUUGUAACUGUUCAGUUUUAUGCUUUAAAUUCAAAAUAAUAUUAUUGAUAGAAAAGAUGUUGAUUCGUGUAAAAAUUAUAUUGUCCUAAUUAUAUAGUCAGAAAUUGUAACAGGUUGAUGUAAUUUAGAGUGGUACGAAGUAAAACUCUUGAAAUACUCUUAGGUUAUAAAUAAAGAGGGAUAAUACUUAUGUAGAAUAUGCCCUCUUUAUAAGUAUUGUUAUUUCUUUUAUACGAAAUUAGUUAUUACUUCUUAACUUUAUGCACAUUAGUUGUCUAAAUUGGAACUCGUAAGAAAAUUGUACAGCAAAUUAUUCCCUAUUUUUUUAACUGAUCUAAAUGAAAGUGAGAACUGAUAAUUAAAAAAUAUUUUAACCUAUUUAAAUUUUUGGAAACAUUAAUUAUUUGCUCUUUAUGUUAUCUAUGGUGGACAGACAAAAAGUCCCCCAGGUAUUCAGUGUAUAGGUAAAUUGCAUUUAAUAGUAUUUAGUUCGAAAAGCACA